AUGCGUCCAUCAGAAUUGCCCAUAGACCCGACCCUGCCCUCGUCGGUGACUCCGCAAAACCAUUCCACCGCCGCCGUCCCGCCGCCGCCGAGAUCUGCAGACGAGACAGAUCAUCGAGUCAUUCUGUCUUCCUCUUCAUCCGUCCCCGUCCAAAGAGGUAACAUGCCGGCCUACCAGCAGCGGCCUUUGUUUCGACCCAUCCAGGUCGGCCCUUCUCCUCCGCAGCUCUCUUCUCAGUCCUCGGACAACACUCCCUCGCCCACCACCACCACUCCCAAGCUCGGCUCCAAGAGGGGGCGCAUCACCGCCAUAGCUUGCGUGCCGUGCAAGAAGCGAAAGAGCAAGUGCAAUGGGUUGCAGCCCGUCUGCAACACAUGCGCUAUCAAAGGCUCGACAUGCAGCUACGACAUGCGACAGGAACAUAGGUGGCAGGGCACGCUGCGUGUGAACGUGAAGAAGCUGGAGCAGGAGCUAGAAGAGGUCAAGUCCGUCCUUCCGUUGCUCGCAACAUCGUCCCAGCGCGAGGCUGCAACCCGACUCGCAAUCGAGAUCCAGAACAACGGCUUUUCCGAGCAUUCGGCCGACGAGAUGAGGAAGAUACUCGAGGGGCCCAGGACGAUCCGACCAGAGCCCGACGACGCCGCCCCCGCCGUGGGCUCCUCGUCGUCAUCGUCAAUCGGCGGCGACCAGAAGAGUGACGUAACGGCGACGGCAGCAUCGCCAGAAUCGAUGCCAGCCUACUACGCGGGAUACGAGCAGAACGUCAGUCCUGGCUUCACCCAAGGCCUGCCCACCACCACAGAGGCGCAAUGGUCGGCACAUCCCCUCCUGACGACAGGCGACAGCGGCGUAUGGAUGCCGGACGGCACAUUUUCUCCACCGCACGUGCAAACGUCGCCGUAUCGGGAAGGGUCAACCGCUCCCGCGGUCUUGUCGCACGGAAACAAGCAGGACAUUCUUGGGCCGAGUGCUUCGUCGAUUCCCAUCGCACCCCAUCCCAUUAACCACCCAUCCAUGAAUUUCCAGUCAGCCUUGGCGCACGGGUCGUCAAUCAAUCCAGUGACGUAUACCUACGCAACCUUCCGGGAAAGAAAGAGGCAAGAACAAGCGGACGGAGAACCAGAUAUGAAGGUCUUUGGCGACCGAGAGAACGACAUCCGUGGUCUGCUGAAUGGGGAGACUGAGUUUAGUAACGAACAGCCUCUGUCGGUCUGGGCUCCACGGGUGGCAAAUGUCUUUUUCAACCACGUUGGUAUUCCGGAAAAGCUCGCGGCCUGCGAAGUGCUAAAGGAGGUUAUGGCGUGGCAAAUCUGUCCCAGCCGGCAGAAUCUAGAAAGGCUUCCAGAAUGGGCGAGACCCACGCAAUUUCAGCAGGUCAUGCCGCACGAUCCGACCAUCGACUUUCUCCCCUGGCCUUCUGUCCGCGACUUUUUUCUGCACAACACCGACCAGCACGUAGCAGGCGUCCUCGUAAACCAUCUGUCCCUAAAUUGGCCCCACGAAGAUUCCCAUACUGUUUAUUGCGAGCCGAGCUCUGGUAAACUGGCCUUGUCAGUUGCCUUCCGCGAGCACAUUAGCAACCUCAGCAACUGGACGCUUGCCCCAGAAUUGUUCGAACAGAUGCCGUUCCUGCUCGGUAAGGUCCGAGCAACAGGGAUGCAUUGA